AUGAGGUCUGUGGAUGCCUGUUCAAGGCACAGCAUUUGCUGUUGGUCUGAUCUUAGACAUACCAUGGAGAAGGUUUUGAAGUAUACUAUUCACAAAUGCUCCAGUUUCUCAGGCUCAUAUGCACCUGGGAACAUCAUGGAGAACAAGCCCAUAGAUCAGUCAUCACGGUGGUCCUCUGACUCUAACAGCCCUCCUCAGUUUUUGGUUUUGAAGCUUGAAAAGCCUGCCAUUGUGAAGUCUAUUUUGUUUGGGAAGUUUGAGAAGACUCAUGUUUGCAACUUGAAAAAAUUCAAGGUGCUUGGUGGUCUGAGUGAUGAACACAUGAUUGAGCUUCUUGAAAAAGGAUUGCGCAAUGAUAGUUCCCCUGAGAGCUUCCGCUUGAAGCAUGUCAUUAGUGGCCAUGUGUUUCCAUGCCGUUUUAUCAAAAUCGUUCCGUUGCAGUCCUGGGGUCCGAGUUUUAAUUACAGUAUUUGGUAUGUGGAAUUGCAUGGAAUUGAUGAUUGGGAUGUUGUGAAGCCUUCUAUGAAUUGGUAUAACACAUAUCGAGAGGAUGAAGCAGUUCGUCUCUGUCUGAAGCAUUUUCGGCAGCAAAACUACAUGGAUGUCUUCCAUGCGCUUCGGAAGCAUACCAAGGCCAGAGUUCAGUUUGAGGAUCCUCUCCUUUCUGAACUCCAUAAGUUACUUGUGGUUGAUGGGGACUUUGACAGAUGUGAGCAGCUCUUGGCAGAACUACUUGAGAAAGGCAUAUUUAGCUCCUAUUUGAGCCGCCAGGAGUAUCAACCCGUUUGGGAGCGUUUGACUCCACCUUUGAAGGAGAUGAAUUCUUCCAUGAGGCCUGGGAUGCGUGGGGGACAUCAAAUGUGCAUUGAUGUGAAGUCAGAGACUAUUUACUUAUUUGCUGGCUGGGAUGGGAUUCAGGAUCUGAGUGACUUCUGGGCAUAUUCAAUCCCUGAUAAAAGUUGGAUAUGCCUAAGUCGAGACACAGAGGCAGAUGGUGGCCCCUCUCCCCGCUCAUGUCAUAAGGUGUGCCUUGAUCCUGAACGCAAGCAGAUAUUUACCUUGGGACGGUAUAUUGAUGCCAAUACACAAGGUCCAAAAAGCUUCCAAAGUGAUUUCUACAUGUAUGACAUUGAGUCAAGAAAAUGGGUGUUGAUUAUGGAUGACACUUUGUCUAUGGGUGGACCCCCAUUGAUCUUUGACCAUCAGAUGUGCAUGGAUGUAGAAGGAAGGUGCAUUUAUGUCUUUGGUGGUCGUGUUGUUCAAUCCCCGGAGUCAGGAAAUGAGGCUACAACUGAGGCUCUUUAUUCUGGUCUGUAUGCCUACCAUGUCUCUACAAAUACUUGGAGAAAGAUUCGUGAUGAAGUGUCCCCAGAACGGAUGUCCAUCAGGCCAAGAAGUGGUCAUUCUAUGCUCUUUCAUCCUACCAAGAGGGAGCUGUACAUCUUUGCUGGUCAGCGUAGCAAGGAGUAUUUCAAAGAUUUCUACAUUUACAAAGUGGACACAGAUGGGUUGGAAGAAGUUGAGGAGGCAGAAGUGCCAUUGACUGGUGUGACCCAAAGAGCAACUCUUGAUCCUGAGCUCAAUGAGAUCCAUAUGUUGUCUGGGCUUUCAAAGGAGAAGGACAAGAGAUGGAAUGGAGUUCGGAAUUCUCUUUGGGUGUUUGAUCUUUCUGAAAACCGAUGGUCUUGUGUCUACAAAAAUGAUGCUUCAAACCAGGCACUUUCAGACAAGAUUCAGAAGGAACCAUGCCCUCGUUAUGCUCAUCAAUUGGUCUAUGAUGAAGUCCACAAGAUACAUUAUUUGUUUGGAGGGAAUCCUGGUAGACCUUGCCUGCCAAAGCUUCGCCUUGAUGACUUUUGGUCUCUCCAUCUCUCUCGUUUGAGUAAGGAGCAGUUGCUUCGUAAGUGUCGCUUCCUCAUUCGCAAACAGAGAUUUCAUGAACUGGCAUCAGAAAACACAGUGUCAGCACUUAUGUACCUCCAGACAUCCUUGGCUGAAGUGAUUGACCAUUCUGUGAAUGAGAAUAUCACAGAAUUUCAUCAGUUAGCUGCUAGUCUGUUUCCAUCUACACCAGAAAGUGAUGACAUAGGUCAACAACCAACUAUCUUCCAAGAAGAAGUUAAUACUCCAGCACAUUUCAGGUCUCGCACUGCUUUGUAUGAUUCCUUGGUCUUGCUGUUUCCAGAAGAAAUGACUCAGCCUAAGGGUAAUCUGGUGGAUCUCAUCAGCAUGUUGGAGUCGGAGGAUGGGGAUGCUGAGUCAGAGCUCCUCUACAUCCCAUCAACCCCUCGUAUCCGAACCCGACGACAUCGGGUUCAUACUUAUGCUCAUCCAUCUGGUGUUGGUUCCACAACUGGUCGUGGGAAGAGGGGCCGACGUUAUGACAAUGCCAUGUACCUGAUAAACCUAAUAGAUGAUGACUUUGAGGAACUAGACAUUCACCACUUCAUUGAAGGUUCAGCUUCUGGAUUUGCUCUGCUUUUUCAGAAGCAUGAUCUCAUGGAGGCAUGGAAUCACUUUGUGGACCUGGGUGAGGAAGAACAGAUGGAGAUGCUUGGCAUGCAGAAGAAAAGAAAGAGCUCAGAUGGAGAGAGCCAUCAUGAAAGAAGGAAUGUCAGAAAGUCUUCAAGUGAAGACAAGACAGCCAAUCAUCCUGGAUACAUGGGAGGAGAGGCCGAGGCCUAUCUGAGGAUAAACCAGAGUCUCAGGACUCUCUUUCAUAGAAGACAUCUCCCCCUUGGUAUUCUGGCAGAGCUGGAGGAAGAAGUGGUGGAUUUCUUUGGAGAGAGCCCUAUGGAUGUUUAUGUAUCCCGUGCCUUAUCUCCUCUGCAGAGAUCAUUCCUUCAUGCAAUUUGCCAAUUUCACUGCCUUUGUGCUAACAGCCUGGAAUCUGGGGAUAGUCCAGUACGAAUGAUGCAAGUGGAUAACCCAUACCUAAACUUCCCAUGCAACUGCUGCAGGCUUCUCAACUAUGUAGAGACCAAGGUUCGUGCAAAAUAAAUGUUCUUUCGUGGAGAAAUGAGAGGUCAUGGAACCAGAAGUUGACUGGAUUUUGCUCUGAAUGUUUUCAUGUGUGGCAUUAUAUAGUGUGGUAUGCAUGUUUUUUUCCUCCCAGU